CGAGAUAAAGAAAAGAAGAAGAAUGCUGUUUUGACGAGGUUAGGUGGUGGUGUUUGGGGCGGGAGUCGUUGUCCGUUGCGCGUCGAAACUUUACCGUGAGGAUGUCGAAGCCGAAGCCCCCGAUUGACUGGAAGAAACGCGUGAAGCAGGAGUACAUGCGGUUGCGGCAGCAGAAGCGCUACAAGCGGGCGGACGACGUGAAGAUCGCGUGGAACAAGAACCGAAACAAGAUGACCGAUACGCUGGUCGCCGAGCAGAAACGGUGGACGGACAACAAAGUCGUGUGGGCGCAGACCACGGAGCUCCCGGCCCACGUGACGUGUAUGAAAAAGGCGGAAGUGAUCGGCAACGAGGGCGACAUCCAAGUGGUCGCGAUCAAGAUAAUAAACGCUGUCACGCCGAUCCCUACGAUGUACAACUGGGCCCCGAUCCAGCAGAACUUUAUGGUCGAGGACGAGACGGUGCUGCACAACAUCCCGUACAUGGGAGACGAGAUCCUCGACCAGGACGGCACCUUCAUCGAGGAACUGAUAAAAAAUUAUGACGGCAAGGUGCACGGUGAUAGGGAAUCAGGCUUCAUCGACGACGAGCUCUUCGUCGAGCUCGUCCACGCCCUGAUGCAAUACCAGGACAAGCCCAGCGAGAAAAAGAAAGAGGACGCGGACAACAAAGAUGACGGAGAGAAGAAGAAAACAGAUUACAUGGAGUUCCCGACGACGGUCAUUUUCCAGGCGAUUUCGGGGCAGUUCCCGGACAAAGGAGGCCCCGAGGAGUUACGCGACAAGUAUAUCGAGUUGACGGAGAGGACGGACCCGAACGCGCCCCCCGAGUGCACGCCCAACAUCGACGGCCCGAAGGCGGCGUCGGUGCCCCGGGAGCAGACGAUGCACUCGUUUCACACCCUGUUUUGCAGACGUUGCUUCAAGUACGACUGCUUUUUGCACCGUCUCCAGGCCUGCCAUCCGGGGCCCAAUUUGCAGAAGAGACGCGGCCCCGAUCUCAAACCGUUCACGGAGCCCUGCGGCAAUGACUGCUACAUGCUUUUGGAGGCGGUGAAGGAGAAGAUGGCGGCGAAGGCGCGUCAGGACGAGGAGAGCGAGUUGCAGCAGGAAAAGAAGCGAAAAUCGGCGGUGGAAGCAGCGGACGCGAAGGCCGGCCCGACGGGGAACCCCCGCAAGAUCUGCAAGCAGCAGAGCGUUGAUUCGGGCAACGAGGCCAGUUCGGAGGACAGCAACGACAGCAACAAGUACAAAGAUUGCGAGAACGGGGACCCGGUGUCGACGACGACGUCGUUCAGCCUGCUCGGUUUGAUGGGCGCGAACGACCACAAAGAGUGGACCGGUUCGGACGAGAGUCUGUUUCGGGCCCUCCACAAGGUCUUCCUGAGCAACUACUGCGCCGUCGCGCAGAUCAUGCUGACCAAGACGUGUCAGCAGGUGUACGAGUUCGCGCAGAAGGAGGCGGCCGACAUCCCCGCGGAGGAGACGGCCCGCGAUUACACGCCGCCCCGCAAAAAGAAGAAGAAACACCGUUUGUGGUCGAUGCACUGCCGCAAGAUCCAGCUGAAGAAGGACUCGAGCAGCAACCACGUGUACAAUUUCACGCCGUGCGACCAUCCGGGGCUCAACUGCGACCACAAUUGUCCGUGUAUCGGCGCGCAGAAUUUUUGCGAGAAGUUUUGCCAGUGCAGCGGCGACUGUCAGAACCGGUUCCCCGGGUGCCGGUGCAAGGCGCAGUGCAACACGAAGCAGUGCCCCUGUUACCUGGCGGUGAGGGAGUGCGAUCCGGACCUGUGCCAGACCUGCGGGGCCGACCAGUUCGAUAUCUCGAAGAUUACGUGCAAGAACGUGAGCGUACAACGCGGUCUGCAUAAGCAUCUGCUGAUGGCGCCGUCGGACGUCGCGGGCUGGGGCAUCUUCCUCAAGGACAGCGCGCAGAAGAACGAGUUUAUUUCGGAGUACUGCGGCGAGAUCAUCUCGCAGGACGAGGCGGACCGACGCGGCAAGGUCUACGACAAGUACAUGUGCAGUUUCCUCUUCAAUUUGAACAACGACUUCGUCGUCGACGCCACCCGCAAGGGCAACAAGAUCAGGUUCGCGAACCACUCGAUCAACCCCAACUGCUACGCGAAGGUGAUGAUGGUCAACGGCGACCACCGCAUCGGCAUCUUCGCCAAACGGCCCAUACAGCCCGGCGAGGAGCUCUUCUUCGAUUACCGUUACGGACCCACAGAGCAGCUCAAAUUCGUCGGCAUCGAACGCGAAAUGGAAUUUUUGUGACGUCUUUUUAUACGUUGAAUAAAUUACAUUC